AAUGGCACGUAGGCAGCGACGUAGUGCACACGUGCUCGGAAGUAAGCAAGGAAAAUGUAAUGUCGUUCUCUAGUGAAUUGUUUGUUUGGUGAUAGCACUGGCUUCGUAAUCGAAAUUAUAUUUUGGGAGUACUUGUCAUGGAAACAUGUUUGUGCUGUUCGCUCAUCUAACAAGACGAACCGUUUGCAAGUGAAGUGAGCGAGCGUCAAGAUAGAGGGGUGCAGGUGCACGUUAGCAAGCUACCAGGCUAGCAACUGCAGUAUAUAACUAUGACCUAGACACAUUUUGUAGUGGUCAUGAAUGAAUAACCACUAAUUUUUAUUUUGAGGAGACGAGUAGGCCUACCCGACACAACAGUAUAUUUCAGCAACAUGGCAUUCACCAGCCUUUUUUCAAGUCUUCCAAACAAAGAAUUUGACACGGCGCCUUGUGAGCCGAGAGAGAGAUUUCAAAGGGAUGAAAGGCAACUGGAACCAGUUGAACUGGAGGUGAACGUCCAGUCCAGAAAGUGGCCAUCGCAAAGGUGUCAGCAGAGUGGCCCCAGGAAGAGGAAAAAGGGGGACCAACAGGAAUGCCCAUCACAAUCUUAUAAAGACUUUGACUCUGUGGCCCGAGACUACAACGUGGUGAAGUGUGAUUUCGAGCAACCAGGCUUUGACUUCCGUAGAGACCUGGACUUCUACAGUGAUCGCAAGGAGGGUGCAUCCCCAGGUCAUGCUACAGAGAAGGAUCCUGAUCAGAACAAGGAUGUUCAAGGUGUAAACGAGAAGAAAGGACGGGAGCAGAAGAAACAGCGACGGGAGCCCCAGCAGCAGAGACUUGACAACCAGGCUAGAGGCAGAGGGGGAAACUCUGCCAGGAGGGUUGGGGAUUUUACCGUAAUGGGUGGACGCGGAACUAACCAGCCCAGAGACUUCUCCAACAGGGGCGGAGGUGGUUCCAACAGGGGCGGAGAUGGUUCCAACAGGGGCGGAGGUGGUUCCAACAGGGGCGGAGGUGGUUCCAACAGGGGCGGAGGUGGUUCCAACAGGGGCGGAGGUGGUUCCAACAGGGGCGGAGAGUGGAGCAAUAGAGGCCAGGGCUGUGACAAGAGGGGCGGUUUUCUCAGAAGAGGUGAUUGGUCAAAGCGAGGCACUGACCGGUCACUUAGAGGUGGCCGACAGUUCCCAAAUGAUGAAACUUUGACUGGAAAGGGGAAGAAGAACAUGACAAAGGAAUUCAAAGACCAGAAUGCUUUGGAGAUUGACGGAAGGUUAAUCUGUCGACAUUUCAUCAGGGGAAACUGCAUAAAGGGUGUUGACUGCCAGCUAGAACAUGCUCUGGAUGUCAACUACUCGAUCAACGAAGUGUGUAAAUUCUACGUCCAGGGAUCCUGUUCGAAAGGAGAGAGCUGCAUAUACAUGCACAAGUUUCCCCUGCAAGUUCUUCCAUACUUACGAGAAGUGCUACCAAGGAGACCAGUGCAGGUUUUCCCAUGAACCCCUGACUGAGCUCACUAAACAGCUACUGGAGGCAGUCAGUAACUGUCUACCCUGAGGGACACUCCUGCUCUUACACAGACUGACAUAUUGGUGCUCCCUGUUACCAUUAUCUACUAACUAGGGCUUAUGUCUCCUAUGCAGGCAUUGAAGAGGGACAAGGACAUUGAGGAACUGGCUAAAAACGACAAGCCAAUCGGCAUGGAGGAGCCAGUGGCCACAAAGGAGUCGGCGACAGCUGAGGAGACGAAGCCUGUCAUUGACAUAUUCCUGAAUCCCCUAAGGUUAAGAAUACGAGUGCACGCGCACAUGUUUAUUUUACUGUCCUUGUGGGGACCGAAAAUGUAUUGUCAUUCAUUUUCCCUAACCCUUAAUCCUAAUUGUAACCCUAAGCUUAUAAUAGCUUAAGUCCUCAUCGGAACCUGAGAAAUGUUCCCACGAAGGAGUAUUGUCCUUCUUUUACUAGCCUACACACCACAGUAGUGUAUUAGAAUAGUAAGCAUAGUAAGCCCCCCGCACCACAGUGGUGUAUUAGAAUAGUAAGCCCCCCGCACCACAGUGGUGUAUUAGAAUAGUAAGCCCCCCGCACCACAGUGGUGUAUUAGAAUAGUAAGCCCCCUGCACCACAGUGGUGUAUUAGAAUAGUAAGCCCCCCGCACCACAGUGGUGUAUUAGAAUAGUAAGCCCCCUGCACCACAGUGGUGUAUUAGAAUAGUAAGCCCCCCGCACCACAGUGGUGUAUUAGAAUAGUAAGCCCCCCGCACCACAGUGGUGUAUUAGAAUAGUAAGCCCCCUGCACCACAGUGGUGUAUUAGAAUAGUAAGCCCCCCGCACCACAGUGGUGUAUUAGAAUAGUAAGCCCCCCGCACCACAGUGGUGUAUUAGAAUAGUAAGCCCCCCGCACCACAGUGGUGUAUUAGAAUAGUAAGCCCCUGCACCACAGUGGUGUAUUAGAAUAGUAAGCCCCCCGCACCACAGUGGUGUAUUAGAAUAGUAAGCCCCCUGCACCACAGUGGUGUAUUAGAAUAGUAAGCCCCCCGCACCACAGUGGUGUAUUAGAAUAGUAAGCCCCCUGCACCACAGUGGUGUAUUAGAAUAGUAAGCCCCCUGCACCACAGUGGUGUAUUAGAAUAGUAAGCCCCCCGCACCACAGUGGUGUAUUAGAAUAGUAAGCCCCCCGCACCACAGUGGUGUAUUAGAAUAGUAAGCCCCCUACACCACUGUGGUGCAUUAGAAUAGUAAGCCCCCCACAGUGGUGUAUUAGAAUAGUAGUGUAUGUAUGUGGUUGAGCGUUACAUUUUACACUUGAUAGUAAAUCAACGUUAUUCACUAGUGUUUUAUUGAUUGGCUACAUUUUGUCUGGAUUUCAGGCCAAACUUUUACAACAGCUCAUGCACCUCUGAGCCACAUGCUGAGGAAAGUACCACCGUGUAUCAGAAGGAAGUUUCAGCUGAGGUCGUGGAGAAGGAAAUUGCCCCUCCUACAGCAUCCGUUUGGUCUCCUGAUCCUCCCCCAAACUCUGGCUUUAAGGAACCGGUUUCUUAUUCAGUUGAGGCUGUGCUUGGGUCCCAUAGGCCCCUAGAUAAACCCUUCCGUAGCUUCUUUGCAGCCUCUAUCAGCCAGACCUCACAGACCCAACCAGAUCCCC